AUGGUGCUGCUUCAGGUCUUGCUUUUGGUAGUGCUUUCUCAAAUUGAAUACCUAGCACACAUCCUCAAAUGCAGCAACUGGGAGCCGCCUGUCGCACAGAGAGCCUAUCAGUCAGGAGACACUCUCAUCGGCAGCAUCACUUUUCACGGUUUAAUCAUAUCCAGUGCACUAACCUUCACUGAAGAACCCCAGCCAGACUCACUCAAAGAAUUCAUCAUGAUCCCUAAGAAUUAUCAGCAUCUCUUGGCCCUGGCAUUUGCAGUAAAGGAGAUCAAUGAGAGCCCUCACAUACUGCCCAACUGGACUUUGGGCUUCCACAUCUACGACAGCUAUGACAAUGCAAGGAGAACAUGUCUGGCCAUCCUACGACUUCUGUCAGUGCAGGAGAGAUUGGUCCCCAACUAUGCAUGCGGCAUCCACCAUAAUCUAAUAGCAGUCAUUGGGGCAUUGGACUCUGAAGUCUCUCUCAAUAUGGCAAAUAUCUUGGAUAUCUACAAGAUUCCACAGCUCAUCUAUGGUGUGCGUCCCGUCAUGAACAAUAAGACCCCAGGACUUCCCUUCUAUCAGAUGGUUCCUCAUGAAACUCUGCAGUAUGAAGGUAUUCUGUCUUUGCUCCUGCAUUUCAGCUGGACAUGGAUUGGACUUGUUUUUAUGGAUAAUGACAAUGGAGAAAGAUUCUUGCAAACUGUGUCCCCAAUGUUUUCCAAAAGAGGCGUCUGUUUUGCAUUCAUAGAGAAACUCCCGCCAAACACUUACGUCACUAACAUUAAUGCUAUGUUUGAAAAGGGGGCAAAAAUAUAUGAUAUACUAGUGGACAGCAAAGCCAAUGUGGUGGUUGUUCAUGGAGAAUCACAUUCAUUUGCAACUUUUAGAUGGCUUCCAUAUAUACCAAAACUGGAGAAAAGGACAAGCAAAUUCAAGGGCAAAGUCUGGCUCCAUCACUUUCUCAGAGGGGUCUCAUUUAAUAGCAGUCCUCACAACAUGAUUUCCUUCAAUGAGAAAGGGGAGAUGGUACCAGGUUUUGACGUUAUCAAUUGGAAGUUUUUUGCCAAUGAAUCCUUUCUCCGUGUGAAAGUUGGAAGGAUCAAUCUUCAGGCUUCUACAGGCCAAACUGUCACCAUCAAGGAGGAGGCCAUCACAUGGCACCACUGGUUUAAUGAGACACGACCACUUUCUGUAUGUACAGAGCGUUGCCAUCCGGGCUCUAGCAAGACAGUGAAGGAAGGAGAGCCGUUUUGCUGCUACGACUGCAUUCCAUGUCCAGAUGGAAAGAUUUCAAGCCAGGCAGACAUGAAUGAUUGCAAUCCGUGCUCAGAUACAGAGUAUCCAAGCAAAAAUCGGGAUUUCUGCAUUCCAAAGACCACAACCUUCUUGUCCUAUGAAGAAAUUUUGGGACUCAGUUUAGCCUUCCUUGCUCUUGGCUUUUUUUUCAUCACAGUUCUGGUGCUGGCCAUGUUCGUGAAGAACCACAGGACUCCCAUAGUCAAAGCCAACAACCAGAAGCUCACCUACACUUUGCUCAGCUCCCUCCUGCUUUGCUUUCUUUGUGCUUUGCUAUUCAUUGGCAAGCCUCAAGAGCUUACCUGCCUCCUCCAGCAAACUACUUUUGCCAUCAUCUUCUCAGUGGCUGUUUCUUCUGUGCUGGCAAAAACCCUCUUAGUCAUCCUGGUUUUCAUGGCUACUCAGCCAGAAUCCAGGAUGAGGAAGUGGUUGGGGAAGGAGAAGACCAGUGUCAUUGUUCUUUGCUGCUCCAUCAUCCAAGCAGGCAUCUGCACUGUGUGGCUGGGAACUUCACCCCCUUUCCCAGAUGUUGACCUCUUCUCCAUGGCUACAGAAAUCAUACUGGAAUGUAAUGAGGGCUCUGUGACAAUGUUUUACUGUGCCUUGGGCUACAUGGGCUUCCUGGCAAUCCUCAGUUUCACAGUGGCCUUCCUGUCCAGGAAGCUGCCUGGCAGCUUCAACGAAGCCAAGUUCAUUACUUUCAGCAUGCUAGUCUUUUGCAGUGUUUGGCUCUCUUUUGUUCCUUCUUACCUCAGCACCAAGGGGAAAUCCAUGGUGGCUGUGGAGAUCUUCUCCAUCUUAGCUUCCAGUGCAGGAUUGCUGUGUUGCAUCUUUCUCCCCAAAUGCUACAUUAUUCUGUUGCGGCCUGAGCUGAACAGCAGGAAACAGCUAAUCAGAAGCAAGUCUGCUUCUUACAUUCAUGUAUGA